GAUCUCAGACAUUAUUACACGGUCAGAACAGUAACAAAGAAAAAAACAUAGUAGUACUUGUAACUAGUAACAUGCCCAACCGACAUAGGUUCCAUUUUUGGAUCUUACUCUCUUUGAAUCACACCUUCACUUGGUACUCUCCACACUCAUCGGUGUCAGUGAUUUCUCACCUGUAAGAAACGAACAAGGAAAAAAUGGGUUCUGUUUCUCUGAAAAUUGGUGAUGGAACUGCCAGAUUCAAAAAAGCAACACUCUGUUCUUCAGCUGUGAACAUAGUUAUGAUCUUCUCUGUCAUAACCACAAAUCUUUUUGCUCUUUAUGCUUUCACUUCUUCACCAAAACACACUCAGAUUCUUCACAACAACAAGAACAUAUCCAUAAUCUCAGAACAAGUUUCCAUUAUACUGAGAGAGAUUAAUUUGUCUCAGAAGAAACUUGCCCAGAUGGAAAAAGAGCUCCUUGGCUAUGAAAGCAUUGAUCUUUCAAGACCCAACAUUGCAAAUGAGUUGAAAAUGUUCCUGCAGCAUCACCAGCUACCUCUAGGCAAAGAUUCAAGAACUGGGAUCACUGAGAUGGUUCCUUCUGUUGGCCAUUUGUGUGAGAAAAAUUCGGACUUGUUGUCACAGUACAUGAGUUACAAGAUCAAUGCUCCUUGCAAUGAUGAUUGGAGUGUUGCACAGAAGCUGAUUGUGAAAGGGUGUGAGCCAUUACCAAGAAGAAGGUGCUUUUCAAAGACAGUUUCAAAGGUAGGACUUAACCCUUUUCCCAAUUCUCUUUGGAACCCUUUUGUUGUUGGUAGUAGUGGUAACAAGAGUGUUAAUUGGAGUGGACUUAAUUGCAAGAGUUUUGAGUGUUUGAAAGGGAAAAAGUUGAGUAAAGAAUGCAUUGAUUGCUUUGAUUUGGUUAAGAAUGGUAAUGAGAAUCAAAGGUUUGUGAAGGUUAAGAGUAAGAAUGAUUUUCUUGUUGAUGAUGUUUUGGAUUUGGGAAGUAGUAAUGGAGGUGUUAGAAUUGGUUUUGAUAUUGGUGGUGGUUCUGGAACAUUUGCAGCUAGAAUGGCUGAGAGGAAUGUUACUGUGAUCACUAGCACUCUCAAUGUUGAUGCACCGUUCAGUGAGUUCAUUGCUGCAAGAGGGCUUUUCCCUCUUUACUUGAGCUUAGAUCAUAGGUUCCCUUUCUAUGACAAUGUGUUUGAUCUGAUUCAUGCUUCAAGUGCAAUUGAUGUUGUUGGUGUUGGAGGGAAGAUAGAGAAGUUGGAGUUUUUGAUGUUUGAUAUUGAUAGAGUUUUAAGGGCUGGUGGUUUGUUAUGGAUUGACAACUUCUAUUGUGCCAAUGAAGAGAAGAAACAAGCUUUGACAAGGUUGAUUGAGAAGUUUGGUUACAAGAAAUUGAAAUGGGUUGUAGGAGAAAAGGUUGAUAGUAGUGGAUCAGGAAAAUCUGAAGUUGUGUUGUCUGCUGUGCUUCAGAAACCAGUUAGAGCAUAAUGCUCUGCGCUGGAGUUAGUUCUGGUUAUAGAAUUUGGAUGCUAGUUGUUUGAUUAGGACAUAGAUGAAAGGAAGAAUACUCUUGAAUCUUGGUUCUGCUAUAUCUUUUUCACAUAUAAUUUUGUGUGAAGAAUUGCUUCUAAAGAGUCAUCAAAAUCCCAUUUGAAGUGAGAAUAGAAUAAAUAUUUGGAUUUAGUUCUGGUCUUUUCAUAUAAUCUUAUUCUUCUGUAUUUGGAUACUAGUUGUUUUAGAGUUAUUUAUGAUUCUAGAAAGUAUUAGCAAUGAAAAGUGAAUUGUAUCAAAAUUACAAAGUCAACUAAAGUCUACUAUUUUUCAGUUA